AUGAGGUGUGUUCUUGCUCAAUGCUCCUUAAAUUCAAUUUGUAUUUGCCUUCUUAUGUUUUUAUUGACUACUCAAAAUGCAGUUCUUGGUGAUAUAGACUAUGGCGAUGCUCUCACCAAGUCUUUGUUGUUUUACGAGGCUCAACGUUCCGGUAAAUUGCCUUCCACGCAAAGAGUGCAAUGGCGUGGAGAUUCUGGGCUUAAAGAUGGAAGUGAUGCUGGUGUUGAUCUUGUGGGAGGAUAUUAUGAUGCUGGUGACAAUGUUAAGUUUGGAUUUCCCAUGGCAUUCACAAUAACAAUGCUUUCAUGGAGUACAUUGGAGUUCACCAAACAACUCGAGGCCAAGGAUGAGCUGUCAAAUGCAUUGGAUGCCAUCAAAUGGGGAACGGAUUAUCUGAUCAAAGCACACACUACGCCGAAUGUCCUCUAUGGUGAAGUUGGUGAUGGUGAUUCAGAUCAUGAGUGCUGGCAGAGACCCGAAGACAUGACCACUCCGCGAACAACCUUUAAGAUUGAUGAGCAACACCCAGGAUCUGACCUUGCCGGUGAAACUGCUGCUGCUUUGGCUGCAGCUUCCAUUGCUUUCAAGGAUAAAAACCCUAAAUAUGCAUCCGACCUUUUGACGCAUGCAAAACAAUUAUUCGAGUUUGCUCGCAAUCACCCUGGCAUUUAUUCGAAUAGCAUUUCAGCAGCAGGAAAAUUCUAUGCCAGCAGUGGAUAUGAGGAUGAGCUAUUAUGGGCUGCUUCAUGGCUUCAUCGUGCUACUGAUGAUAAAACCUACCUGGAUAAUCUUGGCCAAGCAGGCAAUACUGGUGGUGCUAGAACUGUGUUUGCUUGGGAUGACAAGUUUAUUGGCGCACAAGUCCUUGUUGCAAAGCUUGUUUUGGAGGGCAAGGUAGACUCUGCAGGUGCAUGGGGACAAUACAAGAGCCAAGCUGAGCAAUUCAUUUGCUCUUGCAUUCAAAAAGGUAACAACAAUGUGAAGAAGACGCCUGGUGGGUUGUUAUGGUUUUUGCCAUGGAACAAUCUUCAGUACACUUCAACUGCUGUAUUUGUCGCAACCGCAUAUUCAGAGUACUUGAACGCCAAGCAUGCCUCCAUUCAAUGCCCUGGGGGCAUUGUCAAGCCGUCUGAUCUUAUUGCCUUGGCCCAGUCACAGGUGGACUAUAUCUUGGGAUCGAAUCCAGAGGGUAUGAGUUUCAUGGUUGGAUUUGGGACAAAAUAUCCGACCCAAGUUCACCACAGAGGAGCAUCCAUUGUUUCAAUCAAGGAGAAUUCAGCUCCUGUUUCAUGCAAAGCUGGGUUCGACUUGUGGUUCAACAAGACCUCGCCAAACCCGAAUGUAUUGGAUGGAGCAAUCGUUGGUGGCCCGGAUGAGAAUGAUGGCUACUCAGAUUCAAGGUCGAACUUCCAAAUGGCUGAACCAGCAACUGUUUCUACAGCACCACUAGUAGGUGUCCUCGCUAGGCUUGCCUUAGUUAAUUGGUAG